CUGAGGCGACGCAGAAGACGUUCACUGCGCAUGCUCGCUUCUUGUUCCAGCAACAACUGUAUUCGAGCCAUAACAAUCGCCAGAAUUCAAUCACUUUGGCGAAAGAUACCGACAUUAAAGGGGGCAUCGUGCGUGGAAUCGGGCUAUGUGACCCCCCUAGUGAAGCAUACUUACCAUAAGGCACGAUUCUGGGGAUGGUACUGAUAACUUUAAAUUCAUGGAGGAUAACAAGGUGAGCCUCCCUCUCUUCCUACCGGACAGAUUCGAUGAAAAUGGGCGAUUAUGUGCAGAACAGGGGCUUUUCCCCAAAAACAACUAAAGACGGAAUGCUUCAGCAAGACGACUGAAAAGGAGCAGCACAUUUCCAAGUACUCGGCGAUGACAUGUUUCACCUCGUCCUGUGUGUGUUUGGCUAGCUAGCUAGCAACAACCAGCCUAUUACAGAAAACUAACACCCGAUUGAGAAGGGAUCGAUUGCCUUUUGGCUAACGUUAGCUGGCAAGCUAGCUCGCUUUUGUCUGUUUUAUUAUUUGGUAGCUAACGUCAACAUUACAACUUCUUCUUUAAAUCCAUCUAUUGCGCAAGCCUCGGCACAGUUACCGUCACCAGAAGCCUGCCGCUGCCUGAGGUGGAGGACAGCUAGCUUGGCUAACUGUUUUCAGCAUCUGUAGCGCUGGCUAGCUGCUGCCGUACCGAUGAGAUGAGCGUCUUGCAAGGGGCAAUCCGCGGAGCGCUAUUCUGACUCAACUCCGACACCUGGACAGCUCGUUUUUAUUUUUGUGGACACGGAGCACACUACUCUGUUCUUUUUUUCGACGAGCUUCUCGCUCCUCUAUGCCUCAUUGUUUGAUGUAAGGGACGAAGAGAUAGAAGACGGCAAGCAUUGCUUCCCAGAAUAGAGCAGCAGCCAGCCAUGCAAGCGCCGCCGCUCCAGUACGACUUCUACAGCGAGGAAAACGCAUCGAAAUGGCGGGGGCUGCUGGUGCCUUCUUUGAACAAGGUGCUGAGUCAGGUGCACCCCCAGCUGUCGUCGAAGGAGGACGCGCUGCAGCACAUCGAGGAGCUGAUCCUCCUCCUGCUCAGCAUGCUGUGCCAGGCCCAGCCCCGCACCGUGCAGGACGUGGAGGAGCGCGUGCAGAAGAGCUUCCCCCACCCCAUCGACAAGUGGGCGAUCGCGGACGCCCAGGCGGCCAUCGAGAAGAGGAAACGGCGGAACCCUCUCGCCCUGCCCGUGGAUAAGAUCCACCCGCUGCUCAAGGAGGUGCUGGGGUACAAGAUCGACCACCAGGUGUCGGUCUACAUCGUGGCCGUCCUGGAGUACAUCUCCGCCGACAUCCUGAAGCUGGCGGGGAACUACGUGCGGAACAUCCGCCACUACGAGAUCUCCCAGCAGGACAUCAAGGUGGCCAUGUGCGCCGACAAGGUUCUGAUGGACAUGUUCCACCAGGACGAGGAGGACCUGAGCGGCUUCCCCCUGAUGGACGAGGAGCCGUCGGUCUCCGGGGAGCAGACCUACUACGACCUGGUCAAGACCUUCAUGGCCGAGGUGCGGCAGUACCUGCGCGACCUCAACCUCAUCAUCAAGGUGUUCCGGGAGCCCUUCGCGUCCAACACCAAGCUCUUCUCCCAUCACGACGUGGAGAACAUCUUCAGCCGCAUCGUGGACGUCCACGAGCUGACGGUGAAGCUCCAGGGUCUGAUCGAGGACACUGUGGAGAUGACGGACGAGGGGAGCCCGCACCCCCUGGUGGGCAGCUGCUUCGAGGACCUGGCUGAGGAGCUGGCCUUCGAUCCGUACGAGUCAUAUGCCCAGGACAUCCUGAGGACGGGCUUUCAUGACCACUUCCUGAGCCAGCUGUCCAAGCCAGGAGCUGCCCUCUACCUACAGUCCAUAGCUGAAGGCUUUAAAGAAGCCGUCCAGUACGUCCUGCCCAGGCUGCUCCUGACUCCCGUUUAUCACUGUCUGCACUACUUUGAGAUCUUAAAGCAACUGGAGGAGAAGAGCCAGGAUGAGGAGGAUAAGGAGUGUCUGAAGCAGGCCAUCACCGCCCUGCUGAACCUGCAGUGCAGCAUGGAGAGGAUCUGCUCCAAAAGCCUGGCCAAGAGGAGGCUGAGCGAGUCGGCCUGUCGCUUCUACAGCCAGCAGAUGAAGGGGAAGCACCUGGCCAUCAAGAAGAUGAGCGAGAUCCAGAAGAACAUCGACGGCUGGGAGGGCAAGGACAUCGGCCAGUGCUGCAACGAGUUCAUCAUGGAGGGCACGCUGACGCGGGUGGGCGCCAAGCACGAGCGCCACAUCUUCCUGUUCGACGGGCUGAUGAUCUGCUGCAAGUCCAACCACGGGCAGCCGCGGCUGCCCGGCGCCAGCGCGGCCGAGUACCGGCUGAAGGAGAAGUUCCUGAUGCGCAAGGUGCAGAUCAACGACAAGGACGACAAGGAGGGCGAGUACCGGCACGCCUUCGAGAUCAUCCUGAAGGACGGCAACAGCGUGGUGUUCGCCGCCAAGUCGGCGGAGGAGAAGAGCAGCUGGAUGGCGGCGCUGAUCUCGCUGCAGUACCGCUCCACGCUGGAGCGCAUGCUGGACCUCACCAUGCUGCAGGAGGAGAAGGACGAGCACGUGCGCCUGCCGGGGCCCGAGCUCUACCGCUUCGCCGAGCCCGACUCCGAGGAGAACGUGGUCUUCGAGGAGAACGUCCAGUCCAAGUCCGGCAUACCCAUCAUCAAGGCCGGCACGGUGCUCAAGCUCAUCGAGAGGCUCACCUACCACAUGUAUGCAGAUCCAAAUUUUGUGAGGACGUUCUUGACCACAUAUCGGUCCUUCUGCAAACCCCAGGAGCUGCUGGGUCUCUUAAUGGAGAGGUUUGAGAUUCCGGAGCCCAAGCCCACAGAGGCGGAUCAGAUGGCCCUGGAGAACGGCGACCAGCCGCUCAGCGCCGAGCUCAAACGCUUCCGCAAGGAGUACGUGCAGCCCGUCCAGCUCAGAGUUCUGAACGUGUGCCGGCACUGGGUGGAGCACCACUUCUACGACUUUGAGAGGGACGCAGAGCUCCUGAGGCGCCUGGAGGAGUUCAUCGGAAUGGUCCGAGGUAAAGCUAUGAGGAAGUGGGUGGAGUCCAUCACCAAGAUCAUUCUGAGGAAGAAGCAGGUCCAGGCCAACGGCCCCAGCCACAACAUCACCUUCGGGAGCUCCCCACCCCCCAUCGAGUGGCACAUCAGCAAGCCGGGGCAGACCGAUCAGUUCGACCUCAUGACCCUUCACCCCAUCGAGAUCGCCCGGCAGCUCACGCUUCUGGAGUCGGACUUCUACAGGGCCGUCCAGCCGUCGGAGCUCGUGGGGAGCGUUUGGACCAAGGAGGACAAGGAGCUGAACUCCCCCAACCUCCUGCGCAUGAUCCGCCACACCACCAACCUCACGCUCUGGUUCGAAAAGUGCAUCGUUGAGGCGGGGAAUCUGGAGGAGCGGGCGGCCGUGGUGGCCCGAAUCAUAGAGAUCCUGCAGGUCUUUCAGGAGCUCAACAACUUCAAUGGUGUUCUGGAGGUGGUCAGCGCCAUGAACUCCUCGCCCGUCUACCGGCUGGACCACACCUUUGAGCAAAUCCCCAGCCGGCAACGGAAGAUUCUGGAAGAGGCCCAUGAGCUGAGCGAGGACCACUAUAAGAAGUAUCUGGCCAAACUCAGGUCCAUCAACCCACCCUGUGUGCCUUUCUUUGGAAUCUACUUAACGAACAUCCUGAAGACGGAGGAGGGCAACCCGGACUUCCUGAAGAGGCACGGCAAGGAGCUGAUCAACUUCAGCAAGCGGAGGAAAGUGGCCGAGAUCACCGGGGAGAUCCAGCAGUACCAGAACCAGCCCUACUGCCUGCGGGUGGAGAACGACAUCCGAAAGUUCUUUGAGAACUUAAAUCCGAUGGAGGACAAAACGGAGAAAGAGUUUGCCGACUACUUGUUCAACAAGUCCCUGGAGAUCGAGCCCCGCAACGCCAGGUCACUCCCGCGAUUCCCCAAGAGGUAUAACUGCCCCCUGAAGUCGCCGGGGGUGCGCCCCUCCACGGUGCGGCCGGGGACCAUGCGGCACCCCACGCCCCUGCAGAACGAGCCCCGAAAGAUCAGCUACAGCCGGAUCCCGGACAGCGAGACGGAGAGCACGGCCUCCGCCCCCAACUCGCCCCGCACGCCCCUGACCCCACCCCCCGCCUCCGGCGCCUCCAGCUCCACCGACAUCUGCAGCGUUUUCGACUCCCCCCAGGCCCCCUCCAGCCCCUUCCACUCCAACAGUGACACCAUCUUUACUGCAGUCUCACUGCCACGCGGCCCACGGUCCUCCUCGGUCUCCUCCAUGGUGAGCUUCAGCAGGAACGUGGAGGACGGCCCCAAACCCCCGCCUGUGCCCCCGCGCCGACGGCCAGAAUCUGCCCCCGCCGAGUCCUCGCCUUCCAAGAUGAUGUCGAAGCGCUUGGACAGCCCCCCCGCGGUUCCGCCUCGGCAGCCCACGCCCGCCAAGGGCUACUCCCCCCGCUACUCGCUAUCGGAGCGCACCUCCGUCUCCGAGCCGCCCGACAGCCCGCCCACCCUGCCCCCCAGGGAGCCCGUGAGGUCGCCGGACGUCUUCUUCAACUCCCCGCUGCACCUGCAGCCCCCCCCGCAGGGCAGGAGGACUGAGCUGAGCCAGACCUUCUUCCCCUCCUCCCCCUUCAGCCCCCUCCCGCCCCAGACCCCCUCCCCGCUGGGCUUCCGGAAGCACCUGCCCUCCCCCCCCUCGCUGGGCCUGGACUGCGACUCGCCCCCGCCCGGGGCGACGGGGCCCCCCGUCCCACCCAGACAGAGCACCUCCCAGGCCAUCCCCAAACUGCCCCCCAAAACCUACAAAAGGGAGUCCACCCACCCCUCCCUACACCGGGAUGGCCCCCCUCUCCUGGAGAACGCCAACUCCUCCUAGACUUUGUUGAAGGGGGCCGGGGGCCGGGGGCGGGGGGUGGAGGGAGCGGACGGCCGUGGGGCUGGCAGUCACUCAAAACACUAAAGACCGGAGCAGAACAACAAAAAUCAACAAAACAAACAAAAAAAAAUGAAUAACCACAAGAAAAACGUGAAAUGAAAUAAGAUGAAAUUAAAAAAUAAAAAAACAAUUAAAAAAUAAAAAAUCCGCCAGUCUGGAUUUUACCUGAAAACAUAAACGUGCUCUUAAAAAAGAACCUCCCGUUCAAUAUGAUGAUUGUCUUCUUAUUACUGUGCAGAAAAACCAAGGAGAGUUUGCCUGGCCUGGUUUGGAAAUUAUUCCGUUCUGUGGUGUCAUCAUUUUUUUAUUUUAUUUUUUUUUGUUUAAAGUGAACUCAUUUCAGCAGUCGUCUGUGAGCUGGCGGGUGUGGCCAGGAGAACCCUGGGACGCUUUCCAAACGACGCAGAAGAAAAAAAAACAAACAAAAGCAUCAAACUAUUUUUCUCAUGAUAAAAGAAAAGUAAAUGGGCACUAAGACAUUGCUUUACUAAAAGACAGCCUAACAGCCAGCUGAGAGGCGUGGAACUCCACCACCCAGUACAGGCGCAGCACGGCUGGGACGCUGACAGACUUCCUACGCCUUCGCCUGAACACCGCUCCUCCGCAUUAACAACACCUGAACACAGCUGCUCAUCCUCAUUUAAAACGUCUGAACGCACCUACCCAUCCUCAUUAAAAAAAACCCCUGAACACAGGUACUCAUCCUCAUUAAAAAAAAAACCCUGAACGUAGCUACUCAUCCUCAUUAAAAAAAACCCUGAACUAAUUCACAUUAAAAACAACUGAACAUAUCCCCUCAUUCACAUUAAAAACGCCUGAACACCGCUACUCAUCCUCAUUAAAAACGCCUGAACACCGCUACUCAUCCUCAUUAAAAACGCCUGAACACCGCUCCUUGCUCACGUUAAAAAGGGACUUGGGAUCCACACUCUUCAGUGUUUAGACUUUGUUUGCAAUUCAAGGUGAGCGUUUAGUGCCAGUAGUCUUGAGUACCGAGGUUUAAGGUACCUAACAUGCACACACACACGCACGCAUACACGCACGCAUACACACACACACACACGCCAAAGAGGUACUUUAAAGAAUUCAGAAACACAUAAAGUGAUAGUCUUGUUUUUGGGUCUUUUAGUUAGUUUUUUUUAUUUUAUUUUAUUAUUUUCCUAUUGAUUUCUUUUGCCAAGAAAGUAUGUAAAACAAUUGCCUUCUUUAAACAAGGGAAUAAAAAAGUGUUUUUAUAACUGUAUUUCACAGCUCGGCAAUGAGGAAACAAAAAAGAAAAAGAAAAAACAAUGCAGUCAGAAGCCUGGCCUGUACUGAUAUGGACCAACCCUGCCUUCGCUCUUCUAGUUCUGCCAUCCUUGUUGCCAUCUGCUCUGUAGUGUAUUGAUGAUCCUUUCUGACAGGAAAAAGUGUUGCAUUUCAAAUUAGCUGUGCCUUUUAUGUUCCAUGUGUGAUGUCACAAUACACACUGAAUGUCAUUGGACGCUACUAGAAUCAUUUCCGGGGGAGGAGGAGGGGGGUGGGUUUAUAAGCCAUUGGGAUUGUUAGGUUGUGGAAUUUUUCUCACCCACCCCCCCCCUUUUAAAAAAAGGUUUAUGGAGAAAAAAAAGGCAUCUUAUUCCCCCAGUUUCAGUCCUGAAUCUCUGAGCUCUGCCUUAAAGAAUUGGUGGUGGUGUUUCCAGUCGAUUCUUGAUUUUAUUUGGUGGUAUACCUCACCCCCCACACACACACACUAACGCCCCCCCCCCAUCUGUCUUCUUCAUCCUGUAAACCAAACCCUGUGAGAGCUAUUUCUUCUGCUAGUUUUCGCAUUUGAUUUUUCAGAGUGUGAAUUUGUAACCUUUUUCAUGGUGGUGGUGUUGUAUGUACCUUUUUUUUUGUAGUACAAAAACAACAAAAAACGUUAUGAGGAGGGCUUGUUGGGUCGAUGUAGCCGUCAUGGAGGUCACGUGUUGUUUUUGGGACGCAGAUCCGUCCCCCCUGCUCGGGAGGUCAGCGUUGUGCGUAUAGGAGAGGUCAGGUGUCGCUGUCAGGGUUGUCCUCGCUUGAGAUGAGUCUGAGGGGACAGAGAGACGCUGCAGCCAAUCGAGCAUCUUUUAGCAGCGCAGUGCGGCCCCCCCCCCCCCCCAGCCUCAUUUCUAAAACCGCACCGCCAUCGCGGGACAGACGGUUCACCGUCCGCUAAAUCGCAAAACCUCAUUUUCGAAACGUGCCUUGGUGCGGACAGACAGACAGACGGACAGUGGAAGGUGUCUCAUGCCGCCUUCGCCGUGUUGUGUUGCGUAGUUGCACUGGCUUGUGCUUCGGAGCGCGGCAGAAAUGUCCUGUUCUGCAAAGCACUUAAAAAUGUACAGAAAGGAUGACAUCAUCGAGCUAUCCCCGAGCGGCUCUGUUUGUUGUUGUUGUGGGUGAGGACGCUUACGCAAGUCAGAAACGGGCCGCAGAGGCGGGAAACUCUCAGGCUGGUCUGUACCAACGAGGCGAUACGGAGUCAGGGCUCGCUCCCCACAGCGCCCCCUGGAGGUAGGGGGGAAACUCUGGGCGUUGUCCUGGUGCUGAGCGCUCUCUUCUCUUGGUGUUUUUACGCCCCGGCUGCCGGGUGUAAUUCCGGAUUUUUCCGCGACAUCUCACGGCACCCUGCGGCGAAAAGGGGAAGGUCCUCACUGGGGACGUCCCGUGUGUUUGACGGGGGCUGUCUUCUGCUCCCAUUUUGGGCCCCGGGCUUCGCCCCCGUCCCUCGCCUGCCCCAUUAGGACGGUUCCCCCUUCUCGGCGGGGGGUCAGAGCGUACGAUAACGCGACCGCCGCGCGAAACCGCCAGAGUCCGGCCGACCCGGCUCAGAGAACCCGAAACGGCUCCACGCGGUUAAAGAUCUAACGGAAAUCUGAUCGGCCUUUUUUUUUUUUUUUAAAGUUAUGUUUUAAACCCUGACAACUUGGCCGUUUAGCAAACACUUGGAAACCGGCCAUUUUGUCCAAAGGCACAGUAAUCGACCCGAGAGAAGCCAGCGGCAAAGAUCACCUCAAUCCGAACAAGAAUUCACAACAUAAAUAUUUAUACCUACACAGUAUUUUACAAGUGCAUUUAAAAGAGAUAGGCAUAGGCAUAGGCAGAGUAUUUGGGGACCGUUAAAACAGAGUAAUAACCAUUAAACAGGAGAUUAACAAUAAGCAAUUAUUAUUUUUUUUAAUGAUUUUAAAAUUUCCCAUAUUGCGAAUGAAAUGUAAUGAUUGCAGCGUUGUCAUGAAAGCGGUUUAUGCGCACGGCACCAUACCAAAUGUAAAAGUUAUUUCGGUAUGCCAGUGAAAGUAUCCCAUGCAAUGACAUAAGAAAUUGUGAUACAGCCAGAAUUUUCCAGAGCUAUGUUCCUUUUGGCUAUUGUCACAUUUCCGUGUAAUGAAUGUUACCAAGUCUUUUUUUGUCCCCAAGAAUGAGAACUGUGUGUGUGUGUGUGACCCUCAACAGUGUGCAGGCCCCUCCUCACCUUCUAAUCGGAUUUGGAAAAACAACAGUCCAGUGUGUUAAAUCCUCCCUCACUCUCCACGUUCCCUGUCACCGUAACCUCCUUUCUCUUUUGUUUUCUUAUUUUGGUCCCUGCUUCUUUCCGUUCAGUUGCCUUGGAAAGGAAACGGCCCUUUUACACAAUCGAGUUAGAUUAACGAAAAUAUUUUCUUCAUUUUCAGCCACCUCUGCGGGGUCCGGACACCGUGUGAGGUUUGUCCUGCGCGCUCCGUCAAACUUUAUUUAGGAGGAUGUUUUCUUCUUUUUGGGGGCGGGGGGUGGGGGGGGGGGUGAAGUGGGGAAAGGGCAGACUCCUCCCUCCCAGUUCAGUAACACAGCGACAGCUCUUCUGGUGAUUAGCGUCUGUCACAUGACCCUAAAUAAUGGUGUACAAACUCAAAUACUCUGGAGCUUUCUGGUGUUUAAAGACACCUUUACAAAAUACUAAUUUAACUCCGCGCCCCUCGCCAUCUGGUUUUCGGUUCUGUACUUUGCGUCUGUGCUGGCUUUGGAUUGAGGCCCCAGUUCGACCCCUCGCCAGAGAAAUGUUGGGUUCAUUUGCUACCAAUGCGUGCCUUUUUGCUACAUGAUUUCUUAGCGUCCGUCUUUGUUUUCACCUCUGUGCUCAUCGAAAGCUGGUUUUUUUUGAGGGGGGGAAGGUGGGUGGUGUGAAGAUUUAUCUCCCAGGUCCCAAGGCCUUGCUGGGUAGGGGGUUGGAGAGGGGGGGGAAUUAUUUUUCAAAAAUGUACCCAAGGAAAUAUUUUUCUUUGUUUUUUUCCUUUUUCCUGUUUUUUCUUUUUUUAUGUUUUGUUUUGUUUUGAGAAGCACUGGUAUGAAAAGGAUUGUUAGAUAAUUUAUUUUGAUUGUGUGUAUAUAUAUGCAUUGCUUUUUGUUUAUUGGAAUGCUUUGCUUCCUGGAUUAACUGUACAAGCUGUGAGAGAUGGAUAAGACUGGCUUUGUGCCCUUUGACCUUUGACCUCUGUACGCCAUCAAACCCCCCCGACCCAGCCCACCUCUACAAAACGUCUCUGUUCAGUGUUAGUAACUGUAUGCACUCCUCAUUGGAGGACAAUAGAACUGCCACUGUAACCAUGGUUUCCUUUGGCACUAAAAGACAGUCUAAAACAACGAUGAACGACGGUUAAAACAUCGAAAAGAAAGACUAUAACAGUGGAAGAUAUCCUCAGCUUGCGGAUUGGCAAGCUACUUGAACUGUACAAAUCCAACAAGUUCCAUGAUUGUAUUUCCAUGCUUUUAAAUCUGCAAUUAAAAAUGUUUUAGUGCAACAUGA